UGCUAGUGGUCUAUGUUUAAACGUUACUUUCCAUUUUUUUUAGACCUUUUCUAUUGUAAAUCUUACCUUAUUUAAUUCGAAACAAGCAAUCAAUGACAUAAUUCACAAAUGAAGGAAUUAAUCGUGAUUUUCGCGUUUUUAGUAUGUGCUGAUGCCGUUCAGACCUGCUCAAACAACGUACGUUGGCCAGAUGAUGCCAUUAACGGUUAUAAUUCAUAUUCCACCGCCGAUACAUUCACUGGCAGCGGGUUUUUGAUGGAGGCAGUGGAAUAUCACACCCCAGACAGUUGCACGUGCGGCGUGCUAUAUAAAUGGAUUUUCCAUGCUGUUGAGGACGGUGCAAUUGAGUUACAAGUCUGGGACCACUUAGAUCAUCAGAGUUACCAGCUGAAAGGAGAAAAUUAUUUUACUGUUCCAGUUUCAGCUAAGGGUGAAACUGUAGAGUAUCUCGUGCCAGAAAGGGAUAGGAUUACUAUAAGGAAUAACUAUCUCAUUGGAUGGUAUGCUGCGGGGCCCUCGGGUAUUGUAGGAUAUAAAGAGGGCGUUGAAUCAUACUCCGAUGAAUCGAGGAGGGAGCCGAGCAUGACCAACCUUGACCCCGCGCACGAGCCAACAUUUGACUGGUCUUCUGGGUCUUCUGUUGUAACUAGAGACCGGAUAUAUGCUUUUGGAGCAGAAGUUAUUGCAAACACGGCUCCUGAGUUCACUAACUUACCUCGUGAAGUUUGGAUAUACGGCGACGAGACAGCCGGAGCAUUCAUAUACAAAAUAUCCGCAGACGACAUUGAUUCGAAAGACGUGUCUUCACUUUUUAUCAGAGAUAUUGAUGAACAAUCAACUAGUCAGUUUUAUUACGACAGAACAAUACGCACUGUUUUCCUUGCCGUGUCAAAGCCGGCUGUCGGAACAUACACUAUGACGUUUGAAGUUCAAGACCCCAGUGAUUUUUAA